AAUUGGUGUUAGAGCAGUCUUUAGAUCUUUGGAAUGAGAUAAGAACAUUCCCUAAAGAAAUGAUUUAUGAACGAGUUCUUGAAUCCAGAUCAUUCGAAGAUAAAGAGAUCAAUGAAUUGGUAAAGAAAUUACAACUCAAUCUUUGCCUUCUUUUUAUUGAUAGAGCAA